UUGUUUUCAAUUAGUCAUUUGAAGAUAUUGCUACAAUCUAAUCCUAAAGAUAUGCACAUAAACUUGGGGAACAGAACAAGAAGAAGAUAAUUGAUCUCUAAGAACCACCAAAACUUUUACUUUCUGUGACCAUCUUCGUUUUUUUGGCAAAGAUGUACCAAUUCAAGAUCCAUAGGUCCUUUGAUAUAGGAUAAACCACCUACCUCCAUCUUCAAUCUAAGCUACCAUUUUCAUGAUUCUAUUUCUUUAUCCAUGUCACUAAGUAUAUUUAAUAUCUCUGCUGUUCUUUCUUUUUUUUUUUUUUUUUUUGGGUGGGGGAAUAAUUACCCCACACACUUUACAAUAAAAGCCUCAGCAAAUCCGAAGGCCAAUCCAUUCUUUUUUAUAUUAUUACUACCUUUUAUUGUCCAAAAAGUUUAACUUAGCCACAAAUCGACUUUUUUUUUUUUUUUUUUUCCAUAGCAUAGGAUAGAAAUGGUGAUACCACUCCAAUACCACCCACACCGCCUGCUGCUUCUCGACUUAGAACCUGAGACAUCACCGGCCACCAGAAACAGUUCAAUCACCGCCUCUAACACCGGCGGCGACAUGAACUUCGACAGCAACACGGUGAUAGUCCUUGCAAUCUUGUUAUGUGCUUUGCUGUGCAUGUGUGCUCUCGGGUUGAACUCACUCCUGCGGUUUAGCCAAAGGUUUGGAUUGGAGACCUCAGAGCAUGAGGCUGCAACAAGAAGAAACAUUACAGCGCUUAAGUUAUCGAUCAGUCAGAUUCCGGAGCUGGUUUACGGUGACCAUGGAGUGAAUAUUCCAGCGAAGGAGUGCCCAAUUUGCCUUGGAGAAUUUGGGGAUGGUGAAAAGGUUAGGAUUUUGCCAAAUUGCAAUCAUGGUUUCCAUGUCAAAUGCAUUGACACAUGGUUGGCUUGGCACUUGUCUUGUCCAUUGUGUCGGAGACCAUUGUUGGACCAUUUAGCUUCAGAUUCUGAUACACAAGAUGAGGAUUCGGUGGAUUUCAGGCAAAUGGGAGGAACAAACGAGGGAUUUAGGGGAAGAAAGUGAGCGAAGACAAGCAAAGAUACAUUUGAUCAUGCUGAUGAGGAUCCAUUCCUACUGUGAUUGCCAAAUUUAGCAAAGAGCAAUUUUCAAAUUAAGAAACUAGCUACUGUGACUGACAUGCAAAUUGUAAGAGAUGGCAGGUUGUAUUUGACUUUUCUGAUUUAACAUGGAUCAUUAUCCUCCAAUUAUGAUGCUAAAAUUUUCUUAAAAAUUAUUUAUAAUUUCAA